AUGGACCUCGACGUGACGGAAAUCAGGUCGAAGCUCUACAUCGGCUCAGUGGAAGCGGCUGCCAAUACAAAAUCGUUGUCUCUAAUCGGAGUGACGCACGUGCUCUCAGUCGGCGCAGAAUUUCCCGCAAGACUGGCUAUUCCGCAUUUGGAAGACGAAAAGCACGUUCGCAAGCGGAAGCUUGAUGGGCGCUCCUGUGGUGGACGAGUGUAUUUGCAGGAUGCUGGCAAGAAGGAUCCGUUUGUGAGGCUGUUUAUUCCGGUUGACUCUGGCACAGAAGACAUAGCACAGCAUUUCGAUGAUGGACGACUUUUCAUCUCUGAAGGAUUAGCCCAGGGAAGGGAAAAGCGUCCCUCUGUGAAUCCAAAUGCCGGCUUCGUUGAGCAGCUGUCAUUACUUGAAGAACGCCUGGGCGUCGAGCCAGCCUCGCCUCGCACGGCAGAGGUUUUCAUGGAAAUAUGCCUGGACGGCCAGUCCAUUGGGCGUUUGGAGAUUGAAUUAUAUUCUGACACCGUACCUCGAACAGCGGAGAAUUUCAGGUGUCUCUGCACCGGGGAACAUGGACGGGGGCCAGUGAGUGGCAAGAGGCUCACAUACCUGGGAUCUGUGUUUCACUGCAUCAUCCCUGGCUUCGUUUGUGUUGGUGGUGAUAUUACACAGCAAGAUGGAACUGGCGGCGAAUCAAUUUACGGGCAUGCAUUUGAAGAUGAAAACUUCGAUGUGAAACACGAUGGCGACGGUGUGGUAUCGAUGGCAAAUUCUGGGCCCGACUCCAACGGCUCUCAGUUCAUCAUUUGCUGUCAAGCAUCACCUCAGCUUGAUGGCAAAAAUGUUGCGUUUGGAAAGGUCGUCUCGGGAAUGGAUGUCGUCAAAAUGAUGGAGGACCGUGACGUUCGCGCAAGUGAUGCAGUACCACCGCACCUUUGUUGUGACUUGAGAAGCUCGCAGAAGGAGUGCGGCAGUGAAGAUGGUACCACGUCAAAGCGAGUAACCAUCCUGGACUCUGGAGAAGCUACGAUGAGCCUCCAAGCUGCCAGGGAUGCCGCGCGGGAAUGGUUUGCUCGAGGUUUGAGAGGCAGCAACCAGCACGGGCCUGCUGCGCGGGCUAAGCUCUGCAAGCAACUGGCCUUGCAGCUCCAGGAGCUCGGAGCUUCUGCCUGCAGAAGCAUGACACCAGCGCACCUAGCCAGCGUACUAGAGCGUGGCCGGCCAGAAGAAGAAGGUCCACUGGUUUGUUCAUUGAUGGCCCGGGAGUUGCGAGGAAGCCGCUAUGAAGGGUUGUGGAUUUCUCGCAAGGGUCCUGCAGGGCACUAUUACCUCGGAGAUGAGCACGAAGGUGCCAACCUUCCUUCCACAGACAAGGAUGGAGAUCCUAUUCAUCCACGCGUGCAUGCUGUGGUCAAAGUGGUGAAUGACCAGUUGGUAAUCAGCGGGUUUUUUCUUGACCCGGAGGAUGAUACCAUGAGUCCUGCCAAGGUGCCCAUCGGGCCGUUUCUGAGCGUGUACUUCGAAGGCAUGUCCGUGCGUGAGGCUUCGGCUGCUUGGAAGAGCGGUCCUCCAGCAAGACCAAGACCUGCACCCAAAAUGAAGCAAGGCCCUGCAAUAACAGAUCCAAAGCUAAAGGAGCUGCAGGCAGGCCUGCCACCCGGCUGGGAAGUUCGAGAAUCUCGAUCAAAGAAAGGCUUGUACUUCUUCGCCCAUCCUUCAUCAGGUCGCUCUCAGAUGGAGCGACCUAGAAUGUGA